AAAUCUACACUUGUUUAAUUUGUUUGGAAUCUAGUAAUAUUUCACAGUAUUAACAGUGACUAAGAAAUCGUUAAUUUGUCCAUCUCUAGCGAUUGUUUAUUUUGGUAUUUUUGGAAGUAUUUUAUUGCAGUGGAUUUGUUUUUGGUUGUUGUUGGUAGUAAAUGAGCCUGAGACCAUAAGCAUGGAUCUGAGCGACAAUCAACUGGAGGAUCAAUCCUUAAUAUACAAGCAUGAACAGCUAUUCUGCGAGAGUUUUCCAUUGUUCAAGGAGAUACGAAGACUGGGCAAACUUUGUGAUGUCACACUGAAGGUUGAGGAUCAGACAUUCUCGGCGCAUCGCGUUGUUCUGGCUGCCACUGUACCAUACUUUUAUGCAAUGUUCACCAACAACAUGGCGGAGAGUCGCAUCAGAGAAAUCACUAUGAAGGAGAUUGAACCUAGCGCUCUGGAAAGUCUGAUUAAUUAUGUAUAUAGCGGGCAGGUUCGAAUCGAUAACCAAAACGUCCAGAGCCUUAUGGUCGGCGCUUCGUUUCUGCAACUUUCCAAUGUGCGCGACGCCUGCGCUGGUUUUCUCAUCUCCCGUUUUCAUCCGCAUAAUGUGCUGGGAAUACGCACCUUUGGCGACUCAAUGAUCUGUCGUCACUUAACCGAUGCCGCGGACAAGUACAUUGAUCAAAACUUUGCCAAGGUAUCACAAUCUGAGGAGUUCCUUUCACUGGACUGCGAACAGUUGCUGGAGCUAAUGCGACGCGAUGGACUUAACGUGCGCAACGAGGAGGUUGUGUUUGAAGCUUGCAUGCGUUGGGUUAAAUACGCCGAGGAGAAACGUUCGGAGCUAUUUCCACAAGUACUGGCCGCAGUGCGUCUGCCGCUCUUAUCACCGCAAUUUUUAGCGGACCGUGUUGCACGCGAGGAAUUGAUACGUUCAUCUCACCAAUGUCGCGAUCUUCUAGAUGAGGCAAAAGACUUUCAUUUGAUGCCUGAGCGCCGUGGCUUGCUUCAAAGUUUUCGCACUCGUCAACGUUGCGGCGAGUUCUUCACAGGCCAAAUUUAUGCCGUAGGUGGUCUAGCCAGCACUGGUGAGUCGGUUAGUACUGUGGAGAUUUACGAUCCGAUUACUAAAAAAUGGAAAAUGGGUGAACAAAUGUCCAUGAUGCGCUCAAGAGUUGGUGUGGCUGUUUUGGAUGGUAAAUUGUAUGCAUUUGGAGGAUUCAACGGCACCGAAAGACUGUCGACAGUGGAGGUCUAUGAUCCGCGCAAAAACAAAUGGUCUCAGGGCUGUGCAAUGUUGUGCAAACGCAGCGCCGUUGGGGUGGCUGCUUUGGAUGAUUGCAUUUAUGUUUGUGGUGGUUACGAUGGCGUUACAUCGCUUAACACUGUCGAGGUUUAUUAUCCUAAGACCAACACGUGGAAAACGGUGGCCCAAAUGAUGAAAUAUCGUUCAGCAGGCGGAGUUACACAGCUUAAUGGCUACGUCUAUGCGUUAGGGGGCCAUGAUGGCUUGUCAAUUUUUGACUCUGUGGAGCGCUAUGAUCAGAACGAGGAUAUAUGGAUCAAGAUGUCACCUAUGCUGAAUCGUCGCUGUCGAUUGGGCGUAGCCACACUCAAUGGAAAAAUCUAUGUGUGUGGCGGCUACUGUGGCAACUCGUUUCUGCGGUCCGUGGAGUGCUACGAUCCGUUAACAGACACGUGGAAGCUGGUGACGCCCAUGAACUGUAAAAGAUCGCGUGUCGCGUUGGCUGCCAAUAUGGGUAAGCUGUGGGCCAUAGGCGGCUAUGAUGGAGAAACGAAUCUGUCUACCGUUGAAGUCUACGAUCCGGAGACUGAAAAGUGGACCUUCAUGCCUCCAAUGUGCGCGCACAGCGGUGGUGUUGGUGCUGGCGUCAUACGCAUUGAUUAGCUUGCCUAGCCAAAAAAUUCUCACGUAGUUAUUUGAUUAGUUAAUUUAUACAAUUAUAUAUUGUAAUCUUAUGCAUAUUGCAAGUGUUAGUGUGCAACUAAGCUUUAGUGGUGCUACGACCACGGUUCUAUUUCUAAAAUUGUUUAUGCGUAAUUCAGGAUUGAUUAUUAUAUUACAUUCCAGUUGUAUAUUUUUGUUAGUUUGUAAUUUGACUCUAGCCUAAAAUACUCAUUAAACC